UGCAUAUACAACGUGCCACGCCAACUUAAAACUAUGUACAUAGUACAAACGUUUGGUCAUAUGAAGCUAUAGGAGACAACAGCGCUGUGGUUGUACGGAAAGCCGCGGCCUGCUCGCGUUAAGCGUGUCGUGGUUCUUUCUCGCUCUCCCUCCACCUGCUAUCUCGAGUCUCUUCUGUCAGUGCGCGCUCUUUAACACAGCAAUCGUGCGGCAUUGUUCACAGUCGCCUAAUGUUUACUUACGCGACGGGUUUUUUUUAGUUGCCUGCAUAAGCCAUUGUUUCUUGUUCGGUUAUUUGUUGCUUAAAAGAGUUAAUCGCGCCAAUUGCAGUGCAGAUAAGGGAACAAUUUACGAGUGUUUACUUCCUCAUUACUUAAAGCUACUAAGGUCCACGUCUUGCCCUUUCUUGUUCUUUUGAUGAGGUAGUCAUAGUUUACCGUUGGCAGUAUUAAACCGAAAAAUGUAAGCUUGAAGUAUUCAUUCGCGGCAUAUCCACAUAAACUGUGUAUUCCCAGUUAGAACUAUACAUAUAUAGCGGAAACGUUAGGUUGUAUUAAACUACAGGAGGCAACAGCGCAUAGCUGAUGCCGUAUAUCUGUCCAGUUUAUGUCGUGCGUACAUCUGUCUCCCUUUUCUCUUCUGUAGAGUAUCUCGAAUCUCAUUUUUGAAGACGCUUAUUUCAACUAUGUUUGAUUCUCUUUAGUCUUCAAACUUUUUAGAGUUAAAAUCUAUCUACCGCCAUACACCGAAGUAAGGACAAAAAAUUAUAAUUCUAUAAUUUAAUAACAUUAUUUCUUUUGAAGUUCAUUAAUUGUAACCGUGUAAAUACGUAUUAUUAAAACUUGUCCACACGAUAUAUCGUUAGCGACACCUGAAAAUAUUAAAAUAUAAUGCACUUUAUUUUUUUUUUCGUAAUUAAGCCUUGUUUAGUUUUUAUAAAUAUACAAUUUCAUUACGAAAUUACUCGUUAAUUAACAAAAUAUUCAUUUUUUAAACUUUUUUUCAUUUUUUCUGAACGUUGCGAACGCUUUUUUUUACUAGAAUAAGAGCAUCUUCACCUAUAUUUUCGCAAGUAUAUCAUAAAUCGAUACUUUUGGACUAAAUUACUAGAUCAAGAUAAUUUUUAUUGCUGCCAGUACCUUAGUAAUUGCGAGUUGGAUUUUAAUUUACCUUUUGCUAUUAUUUCAAAACGUUACUGCAUACAUAGAGAUUUUACGGUAUUUAUACAAUUUUGUUCUGUGUUGGCAUUUUAAUGCUGUGUCGUAAUGGUAUAGAAAAAAUUGUCUUUUAAGGAGCGGCGCGACAUGCAUCUACAAGCAUAGACGUAAAAAAUUAUUCUACGCUUGCACGUCAUCAUUAUAUCUUUGCUAAGUCAAGUGUUGUUCUCCUUAUCUACUGAUAUUGCUAAGUCUAUUAUCAUUAUAGCAGUUCUUUCAUGUAUCUAUACUUGCUACUUACUGUUUUUACUCGGUUUUUUGUGUUAUUUUUCACAGUAUCUUUGGUAGUGCAUUAUACGUACGUUUUGAUAUCCGAUUUAUUUUAUAGUUAGUACCUUAAUCAACAUGCGAUAACGUUACAUUAUUGUAUGGUUUUUAUUAAUAGCAAAACCGCAUUUAUAGACCGACAUGGAGCAACAGCAGAAGACUCGACGGAAAAAGAGUGAAUUAUCUAGAGCUGAUCAUUUCUCUGAGCAGGCACACAGAUAUAGGAUCAAUCGUAGUACUGCACGGAUUAAAUACAUGAAAUCUUCGACUAAAUUUUGUCAUGGAACUGCCAAAAUGAUUGUACUUCCAGAUGGCUCAUAUGAGUGGAAGUGCAAUGAUAAUCAUGACACUCAUUGUUUCACAAGCAAAAAGGAAUUAGAAUGUGCUAAAUUUCGCGAUGCGAUCCAGGAUUCACUUUCUCGUCACUACGACAAGCUAAAAGAUGUUUAUAACACUUAUGCUACUCUUUAUCCGAAAGCGGCUGAGCAAAUACCUUAUGCUACGUUAUUAUCUACCAUGAAAUUAUGGCGAAAAGCCGCAUAUCCCAAAAAUCCAAAAAAUAUGAACGAAUUUGGAAAUCAAAUUAAAGAAAUGGAGGACAAAAAGAUUUUUGAAGGUGUCAAAGCCAGUCUGAAUUCUUAUGAAAUUAGAGUUGAAGAUGGAUACAUACAUAUGAUGUUUUAUGAUAAAAGACUAAUUGAUGAAUAUUUCCAAGAUGUGGAACAGCUGUUCGUUGAUGCGACGUAUUACACUUCACCCAAAAUAGAAGAAGAAAACAACCUCCAAUUAUUUUCUGUAGGGUAUAAAAUAUGGCCACGUAAGUAUUUUUUAAUAAAUCGAUUUAUUUAAUAUAAAUAAAUCUGAAGGAGUCAGAUAUAUUUGUGUUGUCUUUCUACAAAUGAUAACACUGAGUUUUCUGUGGGAGAAAGAAAUUAUGAUAAUAAUUAUGAUUUUAAAUGAGUGGUGCGUUGAUUUUUUUUUUUGCAUUUUAUCAAGCAAUGACGUUUAUGUAUUGCAUAAUGACAAGAAAAACGCAGAAAGCGUAUAAGGCUGUACUGAGUCAUUUUAAAACAUUAAUACGAAAGGAAAACGUAAAAAUUUAAAGUAUUGAAUUUGAUCGAUUAUUUAAAAAGUAACCCAGAAGCUAAACAUUUUAUUUAAAAAAUCACCGUACUUGCAUUUUUGCCAGCUGAUAAAGUAAGAGAGGCAUUCGCAACACUGUGCAAUAGAACAGAAAAAAGAAUUCUUGAAAACCUAAAGGAUUUUUUAAAGUACUUCCAGAACAAUGAGUGAUCAAAUAGUGCAACCAAUGAAUGGUAAACGUCAAAUUACCAAAGAUAAAUAAUAAUUCUAUUUUUAUUACGCCUACUAAUUACUUUGAAAUUACUGGCAUAAUUCAAAAUAUGUAAUUAAAGAAUGGAGGAGUAGACAAUAUAAACUCUAAAUCACUAAAAACUCUAACACAGUACAUAGUAGACCCAUUGGUACAUAUUAUAAAUAUAUGCAUAGAAAAAUCUAUAUGGCCGACUGCGUUAAAAAAUGCUGAUAUAAUACCGAUACAUAAAACUGGAAACAAGAGGAGUAUAACUAAUUAUAGACCAAUAUCUUUAAUAUCCAAUGUAGCAAAGAUCUUCGAAAAAAUCAUUUAUAAUAGAAUAUUGAGUUUUAUUAGUACAUUUAAUAUUUUAUCCAGUAAUCAAUAUGGUUUUGUUAAAAAUAGAGGUGCGAAAGAUGCUCUGGCAGAAAUAACCAAGAUUAUAUAUGAGAAAUUAGACAAUAGCACCCCGAUUGCAAUCACUUUUCUCGAUCUUGCGAAAGCUUUUGAUACGGUAGAUCAUAAGAUACUACUUGAUAAACUUUACAAUUAUGGAAUCAGAGGCACGGCACACAAACUUAUAACAAGUUAUCUGGAAGGUAGAAAUCAAAGAGUAAAAAUUAAUGACUGUGUAAGCGAAUCCAAAACAAUUACUACGGGUGUACCACAAGGUACUAUCUUAGGUCCACUGUUUUUUAUUAUAUAUGUUAAUGAUCCCUUGCAAAAUAUGCCUGCAAAUUCAAUAAUAUCAAUAAUAUCAUAUGCGGAUGAUACAGCAAUUAUUUCGACGGAUAGUUCUUGGACAGGAGUAGAGGAAAAAAAUGACUAACUACCUGUAUAAAGUAUCUAACUGGCUUGCACUAAAUAAGCUAUCACUAAACAUUGACAAAACAGUUUGUAUGACUAUCGGGAACUACUCUGAUAGCGUACCUAAAGAUUUUUUAAUACAAAUUGAUGGCAAAGACAUCAAAAGAGUUGAAAAUACCAAGUACUUAGGAAUUAUUUUUGAUUAUAAUAUGAAAUGGAUAAAUCAUAUACAGUAUUUAAUAAAUAAGUUGAAAUAUAUGGUAUUUAUUUUUAGAAAGAUUAAUAGAUUUAUGCAAAUUAAAACUUUAAAAAUGAUAUAUUAUGCAUUUUUUCAUAGUGUUAUAAAUUAUGGUAUAAUAGCUUGGGGUGGUGCUUACUCUACUGCUACCAAUCUAUUACAAAGGCUACAAAACAGAAUUUUGAAAAUCAUAAACAAAAAUAAUUUUGCUCAGGAUAAUCCAUUGAGUAUUGGGCAACUAUUUGCAUAUCAAUCACUAAUAUACCACUACAACACAUUAAAAGUUAAAUUUUUAAAUUCAGAAAGCAAAACUAGUAAUAAAAGUAUUCAGAUACCUAGGAGACUUAAGACUAUAAGUAAUAAGAAUAGUUAUAUUAAAGCCAUAGGUGUUUAUAAUGAUCUGCCAAAUAACCUAAAAGCUUUAAGCUCUAAGAAUUAUACUUAUAAACUAAGAGAAUGGGUUAAGUUUCACAUGUAAAAAAAAAUCUUUUUUAUAAAAUUAAUAAGAAAUAUUGAUAAUGUAUUUAUAAAUUGCUAUGUAUUCUGUAUACAAAUUUUAUUAAAACGUUAUUAAUCAAUCUUUCAUAUUGUAAAACUGUUAAAGUGUAAGUUAGGUACUACAUAUCUUGAAAUAGAUUUUAUUUUAGUUAUAAGGAACUAUAGUUAGUAAUAAUACCGGCCUCGCGAACAGGUAACUGCGUUUACCUCUGCGGGAAUUUUACUAUUAUGUAAAUAAUAUGUAAUUUUUUGUCUGGUUAAUAAAUAAAUAAAUAAACUUCUGGUUGAAUUGCGUAAAGCCUGAAAACUUAACUAUUUUUGGCUUAUUGGUUCGCACCAAUAAUGCAAUAGAAGCUUCACAUACUCAACCGAGGCAUAAAAUUGGGAAGCAACUACAAGUAUGGGAUUUUGUUUGCAAACUAAGGUUACUAAUCGAUACGGUAUGGUUCGAUAUAAGUCGCUUACAGAAUCGUAAAAGAGUUUCUCGAUAGCCACGAUAUCAAACUGUCUACAGACAAACCGAAAUUUUAAGAGUUUGGAAGAAAUAUUUAAUGAAUGAAAUAUCGGCACAAGAAGUGUUAGAUAUGAUGGCGUCGUUAAAAGGGCACUUAUGCGAAAGAAUUAAACGAACUGAAGAAGUU